AUGUGGAGGGCUGUGGGCUUUGGAAGUCCCGUGCUUGGUCAAUGCUUUCAUGUCCGCACAACUGAAGAUGGGCCCAAGACAAUUUUCCAAGACGGCGUGCGUCUUGAAACAAUGGCGGUGUCUGGCAGCAGGUCGUCCGCUGCUCCAGCGGUCUGGAUUGCACUCUUCAUCAUCAGCCAGUGCCUGCUGCCGCGGCAAGUUCUGCCUGACGACUUUGUGGCGAUGAAGCCCAGCCGAGACUCACCCAGAGGUCUGAGAAGUCUACGUGCAACUUCCGAGGAUGCUUCCUCGCCUCCAACUUUCGAAGCUGGUGGCCGAGCCAUGCUCACUGGCUUUACUGAGCGUACCUCUCUGAAUGGCGAGCCAGUGGAACUGAUCCGAUGGGACGAGGAGCAGCAGGGCUGGGUCGUUCGGCGCCAGACGGAGCAGAGCAUCACCAGCUUAGUGUCCUUGAAGAAUUUGAUGCCUUACCCAGAGAAGGAGGAGCCGGCGAAGCCAAAGGAAAGAGAGUUUAGCCCUAUCAGCUUCCUGGCCACCAUCAUCGGCGCGCUGAUCCUUCUGGGCACGGCCGUCUCUGUGCUCGUGCCACUGGUCUCCGGCCUGUACAAGGAUAUGACGGGUGAGUACUUGGUGAGAUUAGACGUGCCUUCGCUGUACUGA